AUGCCAAAUAUUUCUCAUUGUUUCAGAUUACAUCACGCGGGCCGCCAUGCUUUCAUCAUCGUGGCGGUGGCACAGGUCGUCCUGUUAAGUUUGCUGGCACAAGGAGCGUCCAGCAUCACGACGAUCUCUCCGGUCAGCUUUCAGCCCCACAACGGGUCGAGUGGGGGGUCUGGGAGCACCCACGACCUGGCGUCGGCCGCAACCGCGGCGCUGACCACCAUCAACGUGGGGCCCGGUGUCAACCAGCCUUCGACCGCGGCACCGAAAGUGCAACGCAAACGGGGUAGCAUCAGCGGUGGAAAGAAGAAUGUCGUAGUCCAGCCGCCAGCACCCGGACCGCCGCCACCGUCGGGCCCGGACAACGGUAACAACUCCCGUGAGGCGCUGUCCCACGAGGGCAGCGAACCGGUGGUCUACGUUUCGGAUACAUCCGGCUACAUACCGCUCACCUCGCUACAACCGUCCCAUCCGCGACUGCCACCGCCGGCAUACGGUGGGGACAUCGAUGCGGCCUGGCGUCCCGAUCCCUGGGACAGGGACUACAAUCGGCGUUACCGGUUCAACAACACCCGCGUGCAGCAUAUCGAGGCGGAAUGCCAGGAUGACUAUAUGAAAAUUCGUAUCGGAUUCAACGGAUCGUUCAGCGGGCUCCUCUACUCGUCUGGUUCGCGGCUAAUCCGUGUCGCAUCCAUUCAUUCCGUUGCUCUCUCAGGUUACGCGUACGAUCCAGACUGCAUGUACAUCAACGGUUCCGGUCGGGACUAUUACGAGUUCUUCAUCCAGUUGAACCGUUGCGGAACGCUGGGAAAGAACGCGAUCGGCGAGGACAGCCGCAAGAAUCCAACGAAAAACUUCAUGUGGAACACGGUGACGGUGCAGUACAAUCCGCUGAUCGAGGAAGAGUUCGACGAGCACUUCAAGGUGACUUGCGAGUAUGGCUACGAUUUCUGGAAAACGGUGACAUUUCCCUUUCUUGACGUCGAAGUCGCAACGGGAAACCCGGUAGUGUUCACCCUCAGCCCGCCGGAGUGCUAUAUGGAGAUCCGGAACGGUUACGGCACCAACGGUGUGCGCGUAACGGGACCGGUGCGCGUCGGCGAUCCGCUGACGUUGAUCAUUUACAUGCGCAGCAAGUACGACGGCUUCGACAUUGUGGUGAACGAUUGCUUCGCUCACAACGGGGCCAAUAAAAGGAUCCAGCUGAUCGACGAAUAUGGGUGCCCGGUGGAUGAUAAGCUGAUCUCACGGUUCCGGGGAAGCUGGUCCGAUACGGGCGUCUUCGAGACGCAGGUGUACGCGUAUAUGAAAACGUUCCGCUUCACAGGAUCGCCCGCCCUGUACAUUGAGUGCGAUGUUCGCAUGUGUCACGGACGGUGCCCGAGUCAACCUUGUCAUUGGCGAAACUUGAAGGGUGUCUCGAAACGUGAGGCCGUUCAACCGAAGGUCAACAGCACCCUGUCGGACAACAUCAGUCUCUUCCAAGCGUUGCGUGUGCUGCAGGAGGAAGACGAUGACGCCCGGACCAAGAAGGAGUCGGUCACCUCGGCCAAGCCACAAGACAUGUCGGAGACCUGCAUGAAGACAUCCGUUCUGUCGGCCCUGCUGGCGACCUGUUGCGUGCUGCUGUGCGUCCUCGGUGGCUCACUGAUGGCUGCCUGCACCAAGCUGCGCUACCGCAAAAAGGAUGCCGCAUUCUUCGACAACUACGUAGGCCACAAGGCGCAGCUCGAUUGA